UUUUACAGUUGAAACCACAGACAUAUCGAAUUCAUCAUGGAUGAUGAACCCUCUUGCAGUUCUCAGCAAAGAAAAGACAACAUCGCUCCACCUCCAGAAAAAAGUAUUAUUGAAAGCAACUCAAAAUCUUUAUACGAAAUGGGAUUUCGCAAUUCAAUUCCAAAUUGGAAGGAAGCACAAAAAUGUCAUAAAAAAAAUGCGCAUGUAGAUCUCUCAAAUUUGUUCAAAUAUGAUUCGCCCGGAGAUAUUGAAAUUAAAAUUGGAAAAUCGGUUUUUAAGUGCCAAAAAUUAAUUCUUAAAACAUAUUCAAAUUAUUUCAAGAAACAUCCAAAUUUGAGUAGUCUUGAUUUAUCAGAUAAAGACAUUAGUCCAGGAGCGUUUGGCAUCCUCUACAAGUGGAUGAUAGAUCCUCGUAUUAACAUAGAAUGUGAGGAGCUUAUGGAAGUUAUAAAGGCAGCCACAUAUUUUGAUGUGCCAGCGUUGAUAAACUUAUGCUGGAAUAUAUUCUCGAAUGAGAAGUAUUUUUGCGAGGAUUUAGCCUUUAUGGUUUACUUUCAGGCACGCCUCUUUGACUUCCCUGAGCUAAAAAAUUCUAUGUUACGACGCGUACGUAAGUUUUAUACACAUCUUAUUUCAACGCUGGAAUUUGUACUCUUAACUGCUGAAGAGUUGAAUAAUAUAAUUUCCAAUGAUUUUAUUGAAGUUAAUAUGGAGAGUGAAGUGUUUUUCUCAAUUGUACAUUGGGUAAAUUACGAUUGGGAAACGCGUCAUGUUUCUUUAGUAAUGUUGAUGCGUUCUAUUCGAUUUACUACAAUGCCUGUCACAUUCAUGUUAUACCUAUUGAAUGAUGAUCAUUGUGAUGAAUUAAAACAGGUAGUUGAGCAUGAUGAAGUAAAGAAAAUAAUCAGAAAGAGUUUAGAGUUCUGUAUAGUAAAAGAAUCGUGUCAUAUAAGUGAAUUGCCUGCCUUAUUGGCGAAAUUAGGCUUGGGAUACAAACCGCGAAACUGGAUUUUUGAUCCACAAUGUAGUUACCAUCACAGAAGCGAUUGCCAAAAGAAGGAAGUGGUAACAUAUGGUGAAUUCUUGACCCACAUUGAAAUAGUACAGAAACAACCGCCUAACUAUUGGCAAACAUUUAUACCUGCAGACGAUGCGAAAGCCCAAUGCUGCAUUGAAAUACAGAGAAGUAACAGUGACAACAAAAUUUCACAAAAAUCUCAACAACGUCGUAAGAACGAGCGUCCAUCAUCAAUUCCAGACAAAACUCAACAACACGGUACUAGAAACUGUCUAUCAAUAAAUUCGGAAAAAAUUCAACAACGUGAUACCAGCGAAUGUCUACCAUCAACUACAGACGAAACUCAACAACGCGAUACCAGCAAAUGCCUACCAUCAAUAUCAGAAAAAACUCAGCAACGUCAUAACAGCGAGCGCCUACCAUCAAUUUCAGAAAAAACUCAAUACCGCGGUACCAGCGAAUGCCUACCAUCAACUUCAGAAAAAACUCAACAACGCGGUACCAGCAAGUGCCUAUCGUCAAUUUCAAAAAAAACUCAACAAUAUCAUACCAGCGAAUGUCUAUCAUCAAUUUUAGAAAAAGUUAAAAUAAGUGAAAGUAGCGAGUGUCUAUCAUCAAUUUCACAAAAUAGUUCAAAUCGUCUUACUAGUAGCUCUCUUGUAACUGAUGAUAGCUACUUGGAAAGUUGUGACUCGUCCUUCAAAUCUUCUGAUGGACGUUCUCUACAAUAACUUAAUUCAGAAAUACCAGUGGAAAGAGAGAGAACAUUGCUUAUAUAUUACAAACACGAUUACGUCUAUAAUUUUGUUAUACUGUUAUGUUUUGAUUAUUGUAUAGAGAACGAAAGGAAGGGUGGGUGGGUCUACACCUAAUAUAACAACCAAAACUUCAUCUAUAAAUUGAACAAAGUUAAAAAUAAAUAUUGUUAAUGAUAGCAGGAUGUUAACGCUAAAAACACUUAUAUUCAGAAAACUAGUAGAAUUUGAAGGAAUCUAAAUUAUAACGAACUCUGUUAAGCGAACAUACUCAUCUGUUAUCGUAUAAUCUUUUAAUAUGGCGUCCCUUAAUAUCAAUAUCAAUUGCUAGUGUUCAGAAUUAAUCCAGGCUUAAUUACUGCAUUGCAGUAUUUAGCUUAUCCUUUACUAUUAUUUCUGUUAAUCAUUUUGUUAAACUUGAAUGAAAUUCUCUAAUGCGCUUUGGAAAUCGACGUCAAGAGUAAUAAAUACCUGCUCCCACAUUAGCCUGUGAUGUCACAACGCUUCUAGCCAUUAGAUGAUCAAAUUUUCAGUUGUACAGUAUUUAAUGGAUUUAAAUGAUAGAUUGCGAAUAAAUCGCGCAAAUGUGAGAUGAAGUUUUGGAUAAUUCUCCACUUGAAUUAUAUAGAAUUAAAGACUUAAAUGCAGUUUUAAUUAUAUAUUCAAUGUGGGUGAUAUUAUGUUACAA